UAGGGUUUGGCGUAGGCGUGUAGGGUAGGAAACGAAGGUUAUAUGAAGGGGUGCAAGAAAAACGACUCUGGUUAGUGCCAAGGGACAAGACCGCUUAACGGGUGUGGGGCACCGAGCGGCAGGAGGGGGAGGUGCCGUGAAACAAACUGGAAAGUAACGCCGCUGACUGUAAAUAUUAGGCCUGGAUCCGUGUGCAAUAAUAACGUCACAUCCUUUUAUUAUUAUUAGUAUAGAUGCAGUGUUAGGCCUCCCUUUCCUAUAAAUUAGCACAAAGGAACAACUGAAACGAACAAAUAGUGUUGCCAAAAAGUAAAUGUAUAAAGGCAUGAAUUCAAACGUUGAGAACUUGCCACCACACAUAAUUCGUCAGGUCUAUAAAGAGGUGUCUACCCUUACGUCAGACCCUCCAGAAGGAAUAAAGAUCAUUCCCAAUGAAGAGGAUAUAACAGAUGUACAAGUUAGCAUUGAAGGACCAGAGGGCACCCCGUAUGCUGGAGGGAUUUUCAGAAUGAAGUUAAUCUUAGGAAAAGAUUUUCCUGCCGCACCACCUAAAGGAUAUUUCCUCACCAAGAUAUUUCACCCGAAUGUUAGCAACAAUGGAGAAAUCUGUGUCAACGUAUUGAAGAAAGAUUGGAAAGCUGAGCUAGGAAUUAGACAUGUUUUAUUGACAAUAAAGUGUUUGUUGAUUCACCCGAACCCAGAGUCAGCACUGAAUGAAGAGGCUGGGCGCCUCUUGUUGGAGAACUAUGAAGAGUAUGCUUCCCGUGCAAGACUCAUGACUGAAAUCCAUGCCCAGGCUUCCACCUAUAGGGGCAAGGAUCCCACAGACCCCUGCUCCUCUGCAUCUGCUGCAGUGGCCAAUGGGGACGGACCAAUGGCCAAGAAACAUGCUGGAGAUAGAGAAAAGAAGCUAGCUGCAAAAAAGAAGACAGAUAAAAAGAGAGCCUUGAGGAGGCUUUAAGAAAGACAUCAGAGGGUCCAGGAAUGCUUUUUAACCCCCUGGCUGCCGGAGAGACCCAUGACACAUCAGGUAGCAGUCCUGUCUUGCAGCCAAGGGGUUAAAUUCAGAUCAUGAAUGGAAUUUUUGUGAACUUUUAGACUGGGUGGGAGUCAUUGAAGAGGAAUUUUGGGGAAGUCAAUAAAAUCCAUGUCCUUUUCCCCACUUUUUUUUAAGGCCAGCUUUUGUUAGUUUUUUUCCAAUCUAAGUUAUUUAAAUUAUAAAUCUAUUAAAAUACUUUUUCGUAACA